CCCUGUGGCCUCCCUACAGCUCACCUCUCUUGAGCACAGGACUGUUCACUUGCAGAUGGAUCCGGGUGAGCUGGGAGAGGAGCCAGCAGCAAGCAGUCAGAACCCACCACGGGAUCCGGCUGCUUCUGAUGGCAGUGCAAUGGCUGGUGACGAACGAGAAGAAUGGCUGAACCUGACACUCGGUGGAAGAAGCUCUUCCAGCUCCCAGCCCAGACCUCCACCCAGCCACAGGAUGUUCUCAUGCAACUACUGCAUGAGGAAGUUCUUCAGCUCGCAGGCCUUGGGGGGGCAUCAGAAUGCCCACAAGAGGGAGAGGUGCGCAGCUCGGAGGUCUAACACGCCACAAAGGAUGAUGAUGAUGAUGAUGGCGGCUUCCCCCCUGCAUGUACCCUUUCUCCACUCCCUUAAUGUUGUUCGUCCACAUUCCAUGGUUCACGAGCGAUUCCGCGAGCCAGAGGCGGCCAGCUUUGAUCACACCAAGGCGACGUGGUCGCCGUUCGUAGUCGACGAAGCUUCGCGUUCGAGCUGGACCGAGAGCUUCCAAAUGGAGUCUGAGCCUCCACAGCAACAAAAGCUUGACCUGAGCCUCAGGCUUUAGUGUAACUCGCUGCAUCUCCAAAGUUCAGUUUUCACUGUUAGGAAAGUUCUCCGUGUAGGGAUGAAGAAGGAAGCCAUGGACGAGUAUGCAGGCUACUAAAUCACCAUGUUUUGUGACUUGUCCUUCACACUUAUAUUGUAUUUUUGACGAAGAAUUAUUGAUCAAGCAA